AUGGCCACUGGAAGUAAAACCCAAGAGCGCAAGCCAAGCCCUGAACUACCGAUGGAACUAUCAUAUGAAUUUUUGGAGAACAUUACAAAUUACUUCUCCGAUGAGCAUGAAAUUAGUGUUAGUCCAUUUGGAACACUCGAUAAGGGAACUGUACCAUAUGGUGGCACAGUGAUUGCUGUGAAGAAACUUCAAGAAAACACACCAAUGCCAGCUGACAAAACAUUUGAAAAAGAGGUUCAGAAUGUUAUGGCGCUCAAACAUGAAAACAUAGUAGAAUUGGUUGGAUUCUGCAGUGAAACAACAAAGAAAUUAGUGUGGUUUCAUGAAGAAUAUAUAGUGACAGACGCUACUGAACGUUUACUCUGCUACGAAUAUCUACCUAAUGGGAGCCUUCAGAAGAUUCUUUUUGGGACCAAGGCAGCCAAGGAUGUCUCUUCAUCUAAACCCAAUAUCAGAUGGGGGACACGCUUCAAAAUUAUCAAGGGGAUCUGCCAGGGUUUACGUUUUCUACAUGAGUUGGACAAUCCCAUAAUCCAUAUGGAUCUAAAUCCUGAAAAUAUACUGUUGGAUGGAAAUAUGGUGCCAAAGAUUGCGGACUUUGCACUCUCUCGACUCUUUGGCCAAGAUCAAACCCGAUUGUACACACAAAGAGUUGCGGGAUCACAUCAGUACAUGGCUCCAGAAUAUGUAUACAGUGGUGAAAUCUCGACCCAGUCAGACAUAUACAGUCUGGGCCUGUUGAUAAUUGAGAUCACCACUGGAGAGCAGAGUUGCCCUGAAAGCUACCAUCCAUCCGCAAGAAAAUUUAUUGAUAAAGUACGUGAAGAUGGGACACUGGAGCACAUAGCAUCCAAGUAUGCACUGUUGGAUUUAGAAUGCCUUAUGCAAGUAAAAGCAUGCAUCAAUAUUGGGCUGAAAUGUCUUGAGAUUGAUUGGAGAUGCAGACCUUCCAUAGUCGAAAUUGUUGAUAUGCUUAACAGAAUAGGUUCAAGCCAAAUGGUAAAUGAGGGUUUAGUGGAGGCUAUAUCUGGCAAUGUCAAUGGUAUGCAGAAGGAGAUGGACAAGAAUAACUUGCUGGAAGGCGCGACUUUACUUGAUGGUACGCCGGUGCGUGCUAAUGAAGCGGUGCGGGCGUCGACUGCUCCUGACAUUCCGCAGAUUAGAGAUGCCAAUGAAGUUGAAGAUGAGACCUAG